UUUCCUUGAUAAAGACUGCAUUUAACUAGCUAUUUCCAGACUUUUGCUACUACUAUAUCCACACUUUGCUUUAGAGCUCAUCCAAGCAAAACCAGCCCCUGAUCUUCUUCCCUUUUCAACUUUUGCAUUUCUGAAAAUGGCUGAGGCCUUACUAGGAGCUGUGUUUGAGAAAUUGAUCUCUCUAGCUCAGAAUGAAUUUGCAACCAUCUCUGGAAUCAAGGGAAAGGCUGAGAAGCUAUCACACACUCUUGAACUGAUCAAGGCUGUUGUUGAAGAUGCUGAGAAGAAAGAGAUAACAAACAAAUCUAUAAAGGUUUGGCUGCAGCAGCUCAAAGAUGCUGUCUACGUCCUAGAUGAUAUCCUUGAUGAAUGUUCCAUAGAAUCACUUCGACUUCAGGGAUUGUCCUCUUUAAAACCAAAGAACAUCAAGUUUCGCUAUGAGAUUGGCAACAAGCUGAAAGAGAUUGCAAGGAGAUUUGAUGAGAUUGCUGACUGUAAGAACAAGUUUGCUCUGCAAGAGGGUGUUAGGGAAAGGUCAACUGAAGUUGCUGAAUGGCGCCAAACCAGCUCGUUCAUUCCCCAACCUAAACUAUAUGGACGAGAAGAUGAUAAGAAGAAGAUUCUGGAGUUUCUUCUCAGCCAAGCACGCGAGUCUGACUUCCUUUCCAUCUAUCCCAUUGUCGGCUUAGGUGGCAUGGGAAAAACAACACUUGCUCAAAUGGUCUACAAUGAUGAUCAGGUAACAAGCAAUUUCAACAUCAAAGUUUGGAUUUGUGUUUCUGAAAAUUUCUCUGUUCAAAGGAUUUUGUGCUCCAUCAUAGAAUCUAUUACAAAAGCAAAACAUGAAUGCUUGAAUUUAGAUGUAACCGAAAGAAAGGUGCAAGAACUGUUGCAAGGUAAAAGAUAUUUGCUGGUUUUGGAUGACGUGUGGAGAAAAGAUGAAGAAAUGGAAUUUGGUUUAACCCAAGACAAAUGGAAUAAGCUGAAAUGUUUGUUGUCAUGUGCAUCCAAAGGAGCUUCAAUUUUAGUAUCCACUCGCGAUAUGGAGGUUGCAGCCAUCAUGGGAACAUGCCAAGCUCAUCAUUUGUGCGGUCUAUCUGAGGAUGAAUGUUUAAUGCUAUUCAAACAAUAUGCAUUUGGAACUGUAAAAGAGGAGCGUGAAGAGCUUGUAGCUAUAGGCAAAGAGAUAGUAAAGAAGUGCAGAGGAUCACCUCUUGCAGCACAAGCACUAGGAGGUCUCUUGCACUCCAGGAAUGAAGAAAAAGAAUGGCUUGAAGUUAUGAAAAGUGGGAUUUGGAAUUUAGCGGGUCAACAUUCUAUUUUGGCUGUCUUGAGAUUGAGCUACUUUCAUUUAACGCCAACAAUAAGACAGUGUUUUGCAUUUUGUGCCAUGUUUCCUAAAGAUACAAAAAUCAUGAAGGAAGAUUUAAUUCAUCUUUGGAUGGCUAAUGGGUUUAUAUCACCAAGGGAAAACUUGGAGGUGGAAGAUGUUGGCAAUAUGAUUUGGAAUGAAUUGUAUCAAAAAUCAUUCUUUCAAGAUAUGAAGUUGGUUGAUUAUUCAGAUGUUAUUCAUUUCAAGAUGCAUGAUCUUGUCCAUGAUCUUGCUCUUUCAAUAAUGGGGCAAGAGUGCAUGGUUUUGGGAAACACAAACAUGACAGAUUUGUCAACAAGCACCCACCAUGUUAGCUUUGACUCUGGUAUGGAUGUAUUGUCACUCCACAAAAGUGCCUUGAAGAAAGUUGAAUCCUUGAGAACAUUUUACCAGUUAAAAGUCUCCAACAGCGUUUCUGGUUGCAUCCCAAUACACUGCAGCACUCUUCGGGUAUUACGCACAAGUUCUUUUAAUUUAUCACCACUCAAGAAUUUAAUUCAUUUGAGGUAUUUGGAACUUUUCAAGCUUGAGAUAGAAACCUUGCCCGACUCAAUUUAUAGCUUGCGGAAAUUGGAAAUCUUGAAGUUGAAUGAUUUGAAUAAACUUGUUUGUCUACCUAAAGGCUUGACUUGCUUACAGGAUCUUAGACAUCUUGUCAUUAAAGGUUGUGAUUCAUUGUCUUGUAUGUUCCCUAACAUUGGGAAAUUAUCCCGUCUGAGAACGUUAAGUAAGUACAUUGUCAGUUCAGAGAUUGGGCAUAGCCUGGCAGAAUUACAUGACUUAAAACUCAGAGGAAAUUUGUGCAUUGAAGGACUAGAAAAUGUUGGCAGUUUAUCCGAAGCUCAAGAGGCCAACUUGAUGGGUAAAAGAGACAUCCAAGAAUUAGACUUGCUAUGGGACCAGGAGGAAAAUACAAAGCCAUAUGCUACUAAUCCGGAGCUAGUACUUAAUGCCCUUCAACCUCACUCAAAUCUCAAGAAUUUGAAAAUUGGAUACUAUGCAGGAUUACAAUUCCCAACCUGGAUGGAAAUGCUCACCAAUUUAGUUUCUCUAGACCUUUUUGGAUGCAAGAUGUGUGUGCGGCUUCCCUCACUUGGUAAACUACCAUAUCUAAGAAGAAUUAAAAUAAGUGAAAUGAAUGAUGUGCAGUAUAUGGAUGAUGACGAAUCUGAUGAUGGUGUGGAGGUGAAAGCUUUCCCGUCAUUAGAAGAACUCUCACUAUCAGGAUGCUCAAAGUUAGAGCGGUUGUUGAAAGUGGAAAGAGGAGAGAAUUUCCCCUGUCUUUCUUAUUUGGGAAUUACUGAUUGCCCUAAACUUGAGUUGCCAAGCUGCUGCAUUCCGUCACUCAAAAGGCUCCGUCUAUUUGAUUAUACGAAUGAGUUACUGAGCUCCCUCUCAGGUUUCAAUGGCCUUACCUCCCUUUGGCUUUCCCGUGGCGAUGUAGACCUGACAUCCUUCCCGGUGGGAACAUUGACUUGUCUUCAGACUCUGUGGAUACGUGGUUCCAAGGUAUUGAAGGAAUUACCAAAUGAAAUCUUCAAAAGCCUCAACAAUUUGGAGCAUCUGGAAAUCGUUAAUUGUAGGAAGCUGGAGUCUUUACCAGAGCAAGGGUGGGAAGGUCUCCGCUCCCUUCGAACUCUGCAGAUUUGGGAUUGUGGUGAAUUGAAAUCCUUGCCGGAUGGUGUUCGACACCUCACUUCACUCCAGCUUUUGGGAAUUGGUAGCUGCCCAGCAUUAGCCGAGAGGUGUAAAGAGGGAACAGGGGAGGAUUGGGACAAGAUAGCACACGUUCCCGAAGUACAAAUUCUUAUCUAAUACGAUGAAGACUCAGACUGAUUCUGAAUUCGGCUGGUAAUUCUAAUUCAACACCAAUUUGGUUACUCUGCUAUUUCUGAUUCAAUUUUUGGUUAAUACCCAAUCGAGCUUUGCUGGUUUGGAGUUGGCUAUAAAUACAAUGGGGGAGCUGUAUGAGUUCACCAGCUUGGUUCUGCGUGCAAUUCUACCGGUUCAAAUGUGUGCACAAGAAAGAACUUCAGUGCCUAAAGAACAUUUAAAUACCAGCCAGAAGAAGAUUUGGCUGAUGUUAUGCCUGCAAACCUUGCUCAGGUAUGCGCCUAAAGUCCAGUACUGCCAAAUUCAGUGUUUCAAGAAGAAUUCCUUCAUGGAAUUGCACUGUAAGAGAGAAUUCCACAGGCUCCAUCGAAGACCUUACAGAUAUUGCUCCUGAAAAUGAAGAUGAUGAGUUCACACCAGCUAGGUUCCUCACGGAAACACCAGAUUCUAAUUCAGGAACAGAUGAUAGUUAGUUCAAAAGAUAAAUUCUUUUCCAUGUUCUUUCUAAUAUUUUGGUUGUAUUUCUUUCUCCAUUGUAAUAAGAAAUCUGGUCUUGUAGGAUCUCUAUUCCUGACUUGUCUUGCAUGAUUCACUAUUUGGUUCCUCACUAAAUGUAAUUAGUGGAUGUUUGGAAAUACAACAUAUUUUAAACA